AUGCUCCCUCCGUGGGCAGCCAGCGCGAUCACCCAGCUGGCGCAUGGCGUGUCUGCUUGGCUGAGCCGAGCGCCUGCGGCGCCGCCCUGUCCGCUGUGCCCGGACUGCAGGUGCGUGUGCCCCGCGGCGCCCCAGUGCCCCGCCUGCCCGGGGGCGCCCUCGCCGUGCCCGGAGUCGGGGGCGCCUUCGACCCGCGGCGAGGCCCCAGCCCCGACGGUGGCGGCCGCGUGGCUCACGACGGUGACCGCCCUCGUCGUCGGGAUCGGGCUCAGCGAGGUCAGCCGGCUGGAAGGAGUAAACCAGGUGGCCUACGUCCUGUAUGCGGUGCCGGGUCCGGCCCUGUGGCACCAGCGCUGGCUGAUGGGGAGGGUGGUGUCGUGUCCGAGUGACGCCAUCCUCGUGUCGCCCGAUCGCGUCGUGCAAUGGGAGGUGGUCGACGGCUCGUCGGCGGACAUCAGCGCCGUCAGGUGGGCCGCGGGCAUGGGGCCGCGCCCGCCGGGUGUGACGCGGACCUAUCGGUUCGGCGCGGCCCCGGGUCCCGCCGACGUGGCUUCCUGGCUGCCCGAGGCCGAGGCCGAGCCGUUCCCGUGGGCGGCGCCCGCAGGCUUAGCCGCCCCCCUGCCCGCGGCGGGCGGGCCCGCGGCCGCGGGGGCUGCUGGCGCUGGAGGCGCGGCGGGGCCGCUGGUGGCAGCGGGCGCGCCGCCGCCCCUGGCCGCUGCGGCCGCCCCCCAUCCAGCGCCCCUGGCGGGCGGCGUGCUCGGGCGCGGCGUCGGUGCCGCAGCGGCGGCGGCAGGAGCGGCGGCUCUCGGCGGCGCCGGCGGCGGCCCCCCCGCCGGGGCCGCGUUGGCAGCAGCCGUCGGCGGCCCCCCUCGGCCCCUCCUGCUCGCUGGUGGCGCCGGCGGCGCGCCCGCGGGGCCUGUGGGCAACUGGAGGGCGGCCCAUGAGUGGCGGGGCUACCACUAUGGCGACGUGGCCGACGGCGAGGAGGGCGACUUCGGCGAUAGGGCGGUGGCGCCCGACUGCCGAUUGCUGCCCAUCCGCCUCGACCGCGCGGGAAAGCUGUGCGGCGCGCUGGCCAAUAUCGUCGAGAGCUGCCGCGAGGAGGCCCUGCCGGAGUUCAUCCGCCGAAGGACCACCAUGUGGUGCCUGGAGCACCUCGCGAACGAAGGUCGGUCGCUGGAGAGCCACCUCGAACACUUCAAAUAG